ACCUCAGAACCUGAUUGCCCAGUCCCAGUCUGGUACUGGUAAAACCGCUGCCUUCUCUCUGGCCAUGCUCAGCCAUGUAAACACYGCCAAUAAAUGGACUCAGUGUCUUUGCAUCGCUCCGACCUACGAGCUGGCUCUGCAGAUCGGUCAGGUCAUCGAGCAGAUGGGCAAGUUCCUUCCUGAUGUCAAACUGGCGUACGCAGUGCGAGGAAGCAGAAUGGAGCGAGGUGUAAAGCUGCAGGAACACAUCGUCAUCGGCACGCCGGGCACCGUCCUUGACUGGUGCACCAAGUACAAACUCAUCGACCCCAAGAGGAUUUCUCUGUUUGUGCUGGAUGAAGCAGAUGUGAUGAUCGCCACGCAGGGCCACCGGGACCAGAGCAUUCGGAUCCACAGGCAGCUCAGCAAGGAGUGUCAGAUGCUGCUUUUCUCUGCAACCUUUGAGGACUCGGUGUGGAAGUUUGCAGAGCGAGUGGUUCCCGACCCCAACAUCAUCAAGCUGAGACGGGAGGAGGAGACGCUGGACAACAUCAAACAGUUCUAUGUUCUGUGUCGAGAUAAGGAGGAGAAGUUCGCAGCUCUCUGCGAUCUGUACGGCAGCCUGACUGUUGCUCAGGCCAUGAUCUUCUGCCAUACUCGGUGGAUGGCGAACUGGCUGGCUGCGAGCUUGACAGAGGAGGGCCACCAGGUGGCGCUGCUCAGUGGAGAGAUGACAGUGGAGCAGAGAGCUGCUGUGAUCGAACGCUUCAGGAGCGGCAAGGAGAAGGUGCUGGUCACCACUAACGUGUGUUCCAGAG